AUGACAUUACUAAAACUGCAAACGAUCGGUGAAGACUUCUGCGGCCUGGACGUGAACACGCCGCUUGGGGGAGAAAAUCCCAUGGCGGCCGUGCCCGUGCUGGAGUUCGGCACGCAUCUCACAGCCGUGGCCGCUACUUCCACCGGCGACUACACCGUCGUCUUCCUGGGCACUUCCACCGGCCACCUCAAGAAGUGGGGGAGAUUUGAUGCAUCUACUUUCCAUUCCACCAAAGACGAGUUUGAAGACGAUAUGUGA